GGAUUCGUUGAACUCGCAUCACAGUUCCUGAUAGCCGCAUAUCGUCAGUCAGCGCAGCGACCGGAACUGUAAAACCGUCUCAUCCCACUCCGCGCGCGCGGGCAGAUUUACAGUACCCUUCAGCUGCACGAGACAAACAGCAGCAAUUAUCUGGCGGGAAAGAGCGACGUCAAACAUACGGCAAAUCAGCAUCGGUGAACAAACAAGCUGAGAUUUCAUCGUCCGUACAAAGAGAGAAGACAGCAUCUGAAGCUCGAGGCGCAGUGUGACAUGGAGCUGCGAAGGUUUCGUGUUCCGGUUGAGGACGUUUGAAGCAACGGCUUUUUAUACGCCACCUAAUAUCACGGACCACUCUUCGAUGUAAAACUAGUUUACGCUAUUUUCGGCGAUUUCGAUUAGGUUUACCUAUCGAAAAGGACUUUUGUUUACCUCGACAAGUUUUUUUCUCUUCUAAAUUACUACGAUUGUGCUCUCUGAGCUUCUCUUUUUCCUCACGUUUAAGGAACCGUCGAUGAAAAGUCGCUCGGGAUGUUGACAACUCCACAUAAACGGAUAUGAAAUAAGGAACACUUCGAUUCGCCUCAUCUUAAGACUGUUAAUACGCCGCGUUUAUUGUUUCCCAAACCCGUUCGCUUCAUGUUUACGCGGUUUUAGGACGCCAGAAGUCGAGGGGGAAAAACCGCCGAAAGUCGCUCACGCGGAUUCCCUAACAGUUCUGCAGAUGUGCUCUGGUUCAAUUCUAACCUUCGUGUAGGGUGUUGAUGGAGAGCCUUUCGAAUGACAGCCGGGACAGUGGUAAUCACAGGAGGAAUUCUAGCUACAGUAAUCUUACUGUGCAUUAUUGCUGUACUGUGUUACUGUAGGCUGCAGUACUAUUGCUGUAAGAAGGAGGAGUCGGAGUCAGAGGAGGAGGAGCCUGACUUCGCCGUCACGUCUCGUAUGCCGCCAGUGCAUUCAAACCACAACAUCCUGGCGGCCACUGUCCCAACGGCAGCCACUCCCAAUGGGCCUGCUCUCUUCACGCCCCCGCCGACACGAAAACUGACACGUUCACAGACGUACUGUCCAUCCUGUACGCAUUACGACCUGCCAUUUUACCUGCAGCAACCAGACGGCCUAAGAAAUGGUGGUGAACGUAUUAGCUACCGCAGCGUGCAUCAACAGGAUUUGGGGCUGCCCACCCCACUCCCUGCCCCAUUGCCCAGCCCGCUGCCCACCCAGCUGCCGAUGCCCCUACCCAACUACCACAAACUAAACCUCAGCCGCUCGGUCACCAUGAGGGAGAUGUUCACGCGAAGCUGCAGCAUUAGCACUGACGUGUAGCCAGCCAAAAUUGUACAAUGCUAAAUGCUAAUGGCUAACUGCAACAACACAGGCAACAGACUAAAUUCUCACGGAAAGACAUAAUUUGGCAUUUCAUACUGUAGUGUUUGCCUGCAUAAAAAACAAUGUCAACUGUGUCCUCUGGAAACUCCCAGAGUGCCAAGCUUUUAGGAAGACGACCCAGUGUGUUUGUUUGUAACUGGAAACUAUAAAGGCAAAAAUGGGCUGAGAGCAAAUUUGGAGACCAUCUCCCUCCCUAUGCGCAUCUGCUUCACUCCUGAAUCCCUUCUUUUGUGUUUUCGGUAAUUGGAAAGAAGAUUCAGAAAAUAAAGCUAAAGUUUUUAUGCUUUCCUUACAUUUUUCUCAAAAGACACCAAUAUAUGGAAGCACUGACAUCUUGAAUUUUUCAGUAUAAGGUGUGAAUUGGAACUUUUCUAUUGUUCACGUAGCUCAAGAGAUUUAGGUGAAUAAUAACUGAUAUAACCACAGACUUUGUUUUAACAAACCAACACAUAUAGUACAACUUAUGAAAAGCCCUAAGUGGGCUGCAAUAAAACUGUUGGGUCAAAAUGAUGUAAGUGUUUGAUUAUGAGGUAUCAUGGGAUGAGAGGCAUUAUUUUUUACUAAAAUAUUAUUGAGUUACUAUGUGUGAUUCUAAAUAUUAAUAGAUGUUUUCACAAUUUGCAAUUAGUUUGUUCUGUUUUGGAUGUUUAAAUAAUUUGUUCUUCUUUAUUCACAUUUCUCCUAUCUAAAAAGGUACAGGUUUUGGUUUCCCUGCAUUAAUGGCAUAAAGAUUUCCAUUGAUCAUAUUUUACAAACCUUGAUGUGAGAUGGACAUAUAACAGCCAUGAAUUCUUGAUUUCAAGGGCUACAUUUGCUCUUUCUAAACUCUGCUUGUUGGACUAUGAACAGAACAUCUUAUGCCAGAAGGGUUUUUCUAUCUCGCUCUUUCUCUCUGCUGUUCAUGCUUACAGAGGCAACAGUUAGCCUAUUUCCAGUGUUGUUGAUGUAAAAACAAGUAGGACGUUGCACCAACUUUCUUCUUUUUAAUAAUGACACAAUGAUUAUCAAGAAUAUUUGUUCUGUUUCUAGCCUGUUUAACAGUGAUAUUCUUCUCUUGCUGGGUGUGUAGCCACACACUACAGUCCUGCAGAUGACUUUGACUUCUGUGAUCACCAUGUGAUUGUGUUGUGAUUUCAGAUUUCUCUCCUAGCUCUUCUUUCUCUCAUCAGAGCCAAUUUAAAUCUCA